AUGGCAACUGCGGCAGCUGAGGUGGCCGAAGGCUUCUUCGGACGCCCGCUAGCGGACGUGGACGGACCUCAUAACGACGCCUGGGGUAUGUUCGACCACCAAUCUCGCGAACACGGGAGUUACUCGGACCAAGACCUGCGUCACCUUCCAUCCCAAUAUCAACAACAGAACACCCAGCCGGACCUCUGGGCAAGUGAUCGUGAUGAUUUUCUGACGGUUGACGCGAUUCAGCAUGCACGUGCAUUUUACAGUCAACAGCCCGACGAAAACCCUGAUGAGACUGACGAUGUCCCUUGGGUUAAUAUUGCCAAUGGUUUCAACGUUGACCAUUUUGAUGACAACGAUUCCGUUACUCGCGAUCCUUUCGUUCGCGACGAAGACGCUAGCGAGUAUAAUGCUGGUGGUGUCGCCCGCGACUAUGCCAAUGCCAGUCGUCUCGAUGGAUAUGAUGUGGAUGGAAACAAUUUCGAUGGCAAUUACCGCGGUCGUUAUCAGCCCCGGGAUUUUUUCCCGGGUAGUGGCAAUACCUCUGACGACGGAGACGCGUUCGGCAGGACCGUCCCGGACACGAUGCAGUGGAAUGAAGUGGUUGACUCCGGAUCGGAAACAUUUGGCUCGAAUAGCAACCAUCGCACGGUCAGCAACGUCAUCUGGUAG